AUGGUCUCGCCUCGUCUUUUUGACAAGUACAAAAGCGGUGCAGCGAGUACAACUUCUGGCGUGGCGACAAAUAAGUCGAACACGACAAAUUCAACAUCUGACUUCAGUCUGUCGUGGACACCUACAGCUCAGAGCAUGAUCGGAGAGCUUGAGGCAGAGGUGGAAGACCAAAACAAUUUGCUUGCGGAGUUGGAAAAAGAGCAGAAGGCACUACGCCAGGAACGCCAUGCAGACAUGAAAAGACUAAAACGGCUGUACAAUUAAGAAAAGAAAAGUGUUGACUAGUAUGUUAUUGCUUCAUCUACAUAAUGCGACUUUUAGUUUUAGAUGAAGUCCUGUACUCCUCCAGGCCUUCUUCAUGUUUGAAUUUCUUCGUGUUUCAACAGGUUCCAUUACUUAGGAGACCUAUUCAUCAUUGUCUACCGUGUAUAAGAAAUCUAAGACCAAGAUUUUCGGAAAGGUCCGCACUUGGGAGCAUUUCAGAACCUGGAGAGUCAAGCGCGAUAUGCACGAGUCUUUGCGAUGUUCGAGACAUCAGACGAAGCGACCAGCACAAGUUCGGCAAGGAAUCAUGGAGCAGACAAGGAUGGUCAACAAACAAAUGCCGAGAGCAGGACAGGAAUGGGCUCAUCAAGUAGCACAUUGGGGCUUCCACCUGAGUCAGAGAAAGUCAAUCAGAAAAAGAGGGAAGCAAUGCGAGAGCGAUUGUCCAUGCAAUUGGCUGAAGUGGUUGGCGAAGGGGUCGCUGAGGAACCCCUGACGGCAGAAGAGCGAUAUGCGAAGCAGGCAGAAGAGCGGCACGCGAAGCAGAUGCGGGAAAGAGGCAAGAAUACUACAGGUACAGAC